UAGUUCCCAGUAUAUAACUAAAGUUCGAAUACCUUUGCUAUGUCUUAAUGCCGAAGAUGAUCCUGUCUGUUCAAUGGAUUGGGUACCGAUAGAUGAGAUCAAGUAUAAUCCAUAUUGCAUUUUGGCUACUACGUAUUAUGGUGGCCACCUUGGGUGGUUUACGGGAUUUUGGAAUCCUACAAGAUGGUAUGUAAAACCCUUGAGCGAAUAUUGUAUUGCUAUUCUUGAGGCAAAGCAUCCCACAAAAAAAUCAAAGUCGGAAGAACCUUUGUCUGUUGACGAGGAGAAAAUGGCUAAAAAAAUUCAAUAA